GAUGUGGGCAUAUCGGAGACUUUAACAGAAAAAAAGCCAUAAGCGUGUAGCCGACGUAGUGUGCUCCAGAAAAUGAGAUUUACAGUUUAGUCGAUAUUCCCAACCGCCGACAAGCUGUGGCGGUGUUCGCCACAUGUUUACACAACCGUUGGCUGAGCGUCGCCACUUCCAGCAGAUAGAAAACAAUGUUUCCAAUGAAGGAAACAGGAAACGUGUGUUUCCAUGAUUGUUGUGCUGGAGUGUGAGCCGACGGGACCUCCCUCUUUCCGCCUGCUGGCUCCAGUAGGCUGUACGCCUGGAGGAACCCAGCCUGGCUGCGAGGAGGGCGGAGCACUGUGGCUGCCUGUCACUAAGAUAUGUUUCAUUUCAAAAAACUAGCCCAGGCUACGCUAACGACCGUCUGAAUCCACACGGUUCUGCGUUUAACCGCGACGCCACAGCUGCUGUCCUGUCCAGCCGAGCCGAGGAGAAGCAGGAUGCCGGCGGUGAAAGGCGGAGGAAGACUGGCCUCUUACCCGAGCAAGAGCGAAAAUGUCGGAAGCUCAGGGAUGGAGGAGAUGGUCUGGGAGCAGUACACAGUCAACCUGCAGCGGGACUCCAAGAUGGGUUUUGGCAUCGCUGUGUCAGGUGGGCGGGACAACCCCAACGUGGACAAUGGUGAGACGUCAAUCAUCGUGUCAGACGUGCUGCAGGGAGGACCAGCUGAUGGAUUACUCUUUGAAAAUGAUCGUGUCAUUCAGGUCAACUCCAUCCCCAUGGACAACGUGCCUCACUCCUUUGCUGUGCAGUCCCUUCGUAAAUGUGGUAAAGUGGCUAAAAUAACGGUGAAGAGACCUCGUAAGGUCCACUCACUGAAGCAGCCCCCCUCCCCAGGCGGAGACAGUCGGGAGUACGCCCCCUCCACCCACUACUACGACGCCGACAAUGACAACGGCUGGUACCGUGACGAAGGCCGGGACCACAUCGCGGACAGCAAAGGAUACCUGGAGCCCGAGUACAGAGGAGGGCGGGACACCAACCAGAGAGGAAGGAGCCGCGGGAGGAGCCAUGAGAGAAGCUCGCCCAGCCCGGAGAGAUCCCGCAGGGAGGGCAGCCGGGGGCGCGCCCUGGACACCAGCGCCGACCGCCAGCGGUACCCCAGCCGCGGCCGCAGCCCCGGGGACAGCUACCGCAUGGAGGAUAAGUAUGAGCGUGGCGAAGGAGGAGGAGGAAGAGGAGGCAGGUACAGCAGCAGGGACCAGCUCAACGACAACCCCCCAUCCCCAGAAGCUUCCAGAGCGCUGGAGCCGCUGGACAAACCCGUCAACGUCCUGCUGGUGAAGAACAGACCCAGCGAAGAGUACGGUCUGCGUCUGGGGAGUCAGAUCUUCAUCAAACAGAUGACCAGCACAGGCCUGGCUGCCAAAGACGGGAACCUGCAGGAGGGAGACAUCAUUCUCAAGAUCAAUGGGACAGUGACAGAGAACCUCUCUCUGCACGAUGCUGGGAAGCUUAUAGAGAAGUCGCGGGGGAAGCUGCAGCUGGUGGUCCAGAGAGACCGCCGUCAGAUCCUGGUCCGCAUCCCCCCCCUCGCAGACUCUGACUCUGAUAAUGAUGACAUAUCAGAGAUGGAGUCAUACCAUUCCUAUUCUCCCCCAGAGGAGAGGAGAUCCCGCCACUCUGACCUGUCCUCCCACUCUUCUAAUGAGAGAGACAACCCCAGGGAAGAACCCAUGAGGACAGCCAAGAUGUCAGCCAUGGCCUCCCCAUUCCGAGUCCCUGAGGACCCCCAGGCAUCUGCUGAGCUGAGCAAAGACACCGCGCACAUUGAGGAGCCUCCAGUUGCUGUAACAGCCACGCCCAAGAUUCUCCUCCGACCAAGUCCAGAAGAUGAAAAAAUAUAUGGGCCCAACACAGUGAUGGUGAAUUUCCAGAAGGGAGACAGUGUGGGGCUGAGGCUAGCAGGAGGAAAUGAUGUCGGCAUCUUCAUAGCUAGCGUUCAAGAGGGCAGUCCUGCUGAGGAAGAGGGCCUGCGCAUCGGAGAUCAAAUCCUAAAGGUGAACAAUGUCGAUUUUCAAGGUGUAGUGAGAGAAGAAGCAGUGCUCUUCCUGCUGGAGAUUCCUAAAGGGGAAGUGGUCACCAUCCUGGCACAGAGCAAACCUGACGUCUAUAAUGAUAUCUUGGUGUCGGGGCGGGGAGACUCCUUCUUCAUCCGGACUCACUUUGAGUAUGAGAAGGAGACUCCUCAGAGCCUGGCCUUCAGCCGGGGGGACAUCUUCAAGGUGGUGGACACCCUCUAUGAUGGCAAGCUCGGCAACUGGCUGGCAGUCCGUGUUGGCAAGGACAAGCAGCUGCUGGAGAAAGGCAUCAUCCCCAACAAGAGCAGAGCGGAGCAGAUGGCCAGUGUCCAGAACUCUCAUAAAGCUGUUGCGGGCGAUCGAGCGGACUUCUGGCGGUUGCGAGGUCAACGUUCUUUGAAGAGGAAGGACCUGAGGAAGAGCAGAGAAAACCUGAGCGGUCAGACACUGGCCACCCGCUUCCCAGCGUACGAACGAGUGGUGCUCCGAGAAGCGGGAUUCCGGCGUCCUGUGGUGCUGUUCGGCCCCAUCGCAGACGCAGCCAAUGAGAAGCUGGCCUCUGAGAUCCCCGACCUGUUUGUUAUUGCCAAAACCGAGCCUAAAGACGCCGGAUCUGAGAAGUCCUCAGGAGUAGUCCGCCUGAACACCAUCCGACAAAUCAUCGAGCAGGACAAGCACGCCCUGCUGGAUGUGACACCCAAGGCAGUGGACACCCUGAACUACACCCAGUGGUACCCCAUCGUCAUCUUCUUCAACCCCGACAGCAAGCACGGCAUCAAGGCCCUGAGACAGAGGAUCGCCCCCAACUCCAACCGCAGUGCCCGCAAACUGUACGAACAGGCCGUCAAACUGAGGAAGACCUGCUCUCACUUAUUCACUGCCACCGUAGAUCUGAACUCAGCCAACGACGCCUGGUACGGCAGUGUCAAAGACUCUAUCAGAGAGCAGCAGAUGCAGGCUGUGUGGGUUUCUGAUGGCAAGCUGGAGGGAGUAGAGAGUGAUCUGGACUGCCAGGACGUGGAGCGCCUGUCCUUCCUGUCUGCCAUGUCGGCCGACUACCUCAGCAUGGACAGCCGGCUGACCUCUGACCUCGACGACACUGCCGACGAGGGCGGGGCCUACACCGACAACGAGCCCGACGCGGAGAUGAUGCACAUCUCCGCCAUCAGCCGCUCGUCUGAACCUGUCACAGCUGAGGAGAUCUUGCGCAGGUACAGUCCAGACAUCAGGAGUCGAUUGAGGAAAAUCAGCAGCCGUGACGUCCUCAACAGGUCCAGCCCUCCACCUGUCUUCUUACAAGACAGCAAGGUGAAACUGUCUCUGAGGGACGACUCCAGCAGCCCACGCCAUCACCACAGGCAGCACCACCCUCCACCCCCCAGCUCCAGUCGAAGUUACGAUUCUCCAUCCAGCAGCAGCCCCGCCAGCAGCAACAACGACCCUCCGCCACUCAUCCCCCGGUCGGCUGCCUCCUCCGGCCCGCUCCCUCCGGCUCACCACUUCAACUCCUGUAGCAAACUGUGGCCCCCGGGAGCGCCCCAUUCCCCCGCCGCGCCCAGGCCUGGCAGUGGUGGGAACAUGGUGGAGGCUUCACUUCACUCACCCGUGCCUCUGCCCAGUGCAACGGGCUGUAGGCAGCAGGAGGAGGCAGCCAAGGACAGCCCUGUGGACGAUCCGUCCUUGAGGUCCUUCCUGGGGAAGAUCAAGGCCUUCGAGAAGAUGGAUCACUUCGCCCGAGCCCAAAGGAUGCUGGAAUUGCAGGAGGCGCAGAAUGCCAGGUUGGAAAUUGCCCAGAAGCACCCAGACAUCUAUGCUGUUCCUCUGAAGACAGCCAAGCUGGAUCACAGUCGCCCACAGCCUAUCGGCUCCAGCUCCCGUCCUGAACCCCAGACUCCUCCGUCCUCCAAGGAGGGACGUCCCGUCUACCCCAGCCAAGAGGAGGCAGAGUCGGAGGCAGUGCCGGGAUACUACACCGCCAACUCCUUCCAGUACCAGGACACCCAGCUGUAGGCUCAGCACACAGCAGCUGUGGCCGCCCUCGGCUUACCUGGACGUACAUGUACACACACACACACACACACUGCAUAAGCAGUCUAUUUACACACAUACCAUUCCAUCAUGCCCUGCACAAGUAAGCUGCUGACUUUGAAUCGACUCUCGCUUCUUUGAUAUUAAGGGGGGGAAAACUUUUUCUUUUGGUUCAUGGAAGUUAAAGCAAUCUGUGCUAUCCAUUUGGAUAGGAACACACUAUAUUAACUUUACUUUUGAUGUUGUAUUUGAUUGCUUCUUUCUUACCUACCACUUUUAAAGGUCAAAACUGAGUGAUUAGGAACCACUUGUUUUCUUGCCUAUGCAACUCUUCAGUUUUUUGCACAGCAACUGAAACUUAAUGCCACAAGUUUUGCCCUCACAAAAAACCUCAACAAACCUAAAAACCACAAUGCGCUUUAUCACAUCUAUUCCUUUCUUUUUUAAGCUCCUAUUAUU